AUGUACGUCGCCGUCGUCUACUCGAGCUGGGAGGUCCACCACUGUACAAAUUCAUGUACACUACACACCUGCAUCUAUCUUAUCGCCACGUUUAUCUUGAUUAAACUAUUUGCGAUCGUCCGUUCGUGCAGACAACACGAAAUGGGUACAGAGAAGGUCCCGUUUGGCAUUGUGCGCUUCCAGUGUCAGUAUCAAAAAAGCAUCGCGAGUAUGAGCAGCCGCCACGGCGAGUGGCAGCGCGUGCAGGACGCGCAGGGGCGCUACUUCUACGUGAAUCAUGCCACAAGAGAGACGUCAUGGCACCUGCCGAGCGCUGAACCGCUCCCGCCGGGCUGGGAGGAGCUCAUCGAUGGCCAAGGGCGCCUUUAUUUUGUUGAUCACAACACGCGCACCACCACGUGGAUGGACCCCCGCGUGGCUGCCGCCCGACGCCGUACGCGCGGCCAGUCGGUGCUGUCGUCGCGCCCUCCCUCAAGGAGUAAUAUUCCUCCCAUGGACAAUGCUAGAGGACGCUCGCCGACGUACGAGGAUCCGCGGCACGCGUCCGUCGGCAGCGCCGGUUCCCGUUCGGACGCCGGUAGCAACGGCUUUGUUCGUAGCCGCAAGAGUAGUGGAGCCAAUUUGUCAGCGGGCUCUCCGUCGUCGUCGGGCGCUCGCAGGGACUCGGCCGACCAAACGAUCCGGAUGAACACGUCCACGUUGCUGGAGAGAUACAGGGAUGAGACCAAUUUGGGAGAUACAGCGGUGAUGCAGACCACGGAGUCGACAGCGCUGCCUGCUGAUGCAGAGGAGUGGUUUACAGCCCACUCGGAGGACCUGUCAAGACGCUCCAGCGGAGAGAAGAAGGAACCAGAGCUGGAACAGGUGACGGAUUCGAAGGAGGAGACGCCGUCUGCGGGCGUACAGGAAGAGGAGACCGCUGCAUUGUCCUCUUUAGUGGAGGAAGAGAAGGAUCUGGCCAAGAGCGGCCAGCAGCAGCAACAAGAGCAGCGCGUAUCGGGCGUGCGAGGCAGCAGCUUCAACACGGGCGACGUCCAGAUGGUGCUGCGACGUUAUUUCGCGCCGAACUUCGUGCGCGAUGAUGACUCACCGGCAUGUCGGCAAUGCGGCAUGCGGUUCGGCACCUUUCGACGCCGUCAUCACUGUCGUCUUUGCGGCAACGUGUACUGCGCUGACUGUACGACGAAUAAGGUUAAGCUGCCGAUUGAGGCUCCUUCGUACGACAAGGAACAGCCGGUAUGCACGCGCUGCUUCCGCAACGUGCAAGCGGGCGACUUCUUUAGUAUUGUGGGGCUGCGUCACAAACUGGAGGAUCCGUCGUCUACCGUCGAUGACCGGGUAGAGCAGAUCAUGCAACUCUCUAUGACUUUAUCGGCGGGACGGCCGGAGACAGACGGGAACAUGGGACUGCAUCGCGUCGCGCAGUUAAACGACGUGGAAGCAGCUGGAGGUGUUGCGUCCUUCUGCCAAUUGCUGACUACUGACGUGGAGCCGUUGCAACAAGCUGCACUAGAGAUGCUGGCGAACUUGAUUGAGCUGGAGAACAGCGCCGGUAAUGAACUCUCGGCUGGUGAGGCUUUCGCGAACUCAGGCGCAUGUGCCCAAUUGGUAAAAGUUAUGGGGAACCGCGUGAUGGAGCAGCAGUUAGGCCGUAGCGUCCGCCCGGAGGUGGAGCGCAUGGCUCUUCGUCUUGUUUACCACAUUUGCCAGUCUACGACGUGCCAGAACGCACUACGUAAGGCUGGUGGAGGCACUCGUUUGCUGGAGUUGCUGUCUGUGGACUCACCGUCGUCGCUGGAGAUGCGCGUGGAAGCCGCGCGUUGUCUGAAGCGUUUUGUGCAGAAGAAUGGAGAGAACAUCACUGAGAUGACGCAGAACAAGGGCGUAGCGUUGCUGUGUACGCUACUGGGAGACUUUAUCGAGCUGCGCGCUGGUAGCAACCUGGGCAAUAGCGGCGUUGAAGCAACUCGAGAUGAGUCGCAUGAAGUGGCGAUGGAAGCCAUUCUGAGCACGAUCUGCGAAUGUAUCCACUUUGCAGACAAUGGCGCGUCACAGGUGCAACGUGGCGUGCAGCAGAUUCCUGCGGACAGUAUCCACUCGUUCGUGACGGUCCUGCAAAAGGGGGAUCGCGUUAACCGCAUGUUGGCGUCCCAGGUGCUAAUUCAGGUGUCGAAGGAGCCUUCUCUCAUUACGAUCUUGGCCAAGGAGCAGGAGUUUAUCAAGGAAAUCAUGUGGAUGCUCGACAGUGACGAAGACUACACGGUGGCCUCGGAGAUUCUAUGUGGACUCUGCUCGACGAUGCCCAAGCAGUCUCUGAGCGAUACUGUCCCUGGAGAAAAUGUUGAUGACGCCCACGAGCAGGUUCUGAAGGUCAUUUAUGACUUGGAAGUGUUUGAUCUGGUGCUCAAGAAGCUGAACGCGUGCGUUGUGGGCGAGAAACAACUCGUGGGGGAGAUCACGUUUCAGCGGAACCUGCUGGGAAUUACCAUGAGCUACAGCGCCGAGUCUGCGGCCUACGUGGAUUACAUCUGCUCACGCAAUUGUGUGCCCACUCUGUCUGCAUUCUUGCUGUCCCGCAAGGAGCGUUUGAUCCCACUGUGUGCGCAGACUUUGAUGAACCUCUGCGAGUUCAACCCCAGCAUCUUCGACGAGCUGUACGACCGCAACGUCUCAGACUUCUUCCAUCGUCUACUGCAGACACCUCCCGAUGAGAACAGACUCUCAGCUCUGCGCUACUUCCGCGCCCUGGUUGACAACAAGCGGCCAUUCUCUGUUGGUGUACUGGACACACUGUUCCUGAUGGCGUCUGGACGAGACGAGGUGCUGAAGGCCGGCAGUUUGGAUGUCCUUGCUCAUUUGAGCGGUGUCAAGUCCAUUGGAGCUGUGCUCGAGCCAUUGGAGGAACCCCCGACGCCGGAGAUUGGUGAAAUGGUGCAGAAACUGCAGGAACGCGUUGUUGGCGUGGCAUACUUCCCUGUUCUGAUGACUAUCGCGUGCUCUUCAGGCGAUACGGAUAUGCGUAGUAACGCCAUCAAAUGCCUAAGCUGUGCGGUUGGAGGCGGAGAGGAACUCGUUGCUCGAAUGCUCGACCAAGAGAUGCUGCGUGCCUUCUGGAUGGGAUUGCGGCGAUGGAUGGACGUGCCUGCAGACGAACUCACACCCGUGGAGAUGCAGCUCAAUAAGGCUUUGUUGCAGCUCUUAUACUUGGUGCUGAAGAUGGCGUCGUCACGAAUCGCGUCCAUGGGCGAGGACCAAGUGACGAACCUCGUGACUGUCGUGACUGAAUUCAUUGUCUCGCAGCCCAGUCGACUGGUCAUGGGCAUCCGUAUCAUCCGUCUUCUCAUCGCGCAUGCAGCUUGGAAGGACUCGUUUGUUGCGUUGUAUGCUGUGGAGUCGACCUCGACCGGUCUUAAGUUCUUGCAAGCUCUCAUGAACGGCAUUGAACAGUCCAGUGUGACGGCGAAAGAAGACAGCGAAAACACAGUGUUUGACGAUUCCGUCGCUGUUCUAAAGGAGCUCAUUAAGGACCCGCAACAAUUCGAAGAAGACGACGAACAAGGUGGUGUUGCAAUGGCAAAUGAUGCGAUCGUCAACCUGAUUAUCAGCGCCGGUGUUCACAUUUCGCUGCUUGAGCUGCUACGGGACAAUGCCGUGAGAGAAAGCAUCAGAAAGACGCAAGCUUCGGUUGACUCGGAGGCGGACGAGAAGAGCGAAGAGAGUCACGAGUACGUCGUGACCCGAGCGCUUGAGCUUCUGGAUCUUCUGGCACGUUCGCGUCGAAUUCGGUUGCUCAUUCUCGAGGCUGGUACAGCGCUGGACGCCUUAGUGACUGCGUACGAAGGUACGACGGACGACUACGCAGAGUCGUCUCCCGCACGCCAACUCAUUGCUCAGGAUCUGGGACGAAUCCUUAUCCACUUGUCCAGUGACCCGUUGGAGUUCCGCAAGACAUUGUACGACCACCGUGGGGUUCUGCCGAGUGCAAUCUUGGGCAACAUUCUAUCUCCCGUUGCUGAAGUCGCUGAGACUGCAGAGGAGAUCGUGCUGAACCUCGUCGAGUCGGACUUCGCUACUUGUCCGUUGUGGGUGGAUCUGAUUGAGAGCGCCAAUGUGCGUCUGGUGUUCCGUGUCGUGGUGGUAGCCAAGCGACCAUCAGUGAAGGUCACGGCAGCUCGCAAGUUGAUUGAUAUCGUCUUCUCCCACCCGAAUAUUCUCGACGAUGAAGAGGAUGGCUUAUCACCCGAAGAAAAGAGCACGUUGGUGUCCAUGUUGAUCGAUUUCUUCGUCGAUUUCGACCCGCGAACAUCUGUGGUGGGUGUUCUCGCUCUGACGCUUCUGCUCAAGAACGGCCAAACACUUAAUGAAGAGCAGAUGGAGAAGAUUGCUGUGGACGGCGCUGUGUCGCUGGUUUACUGGAUGCAGAAGGGCACUGAGCGUCACCAAGAGAACGCAGUGAAAAUCUUACACGACGGCGUGAAGGAUCCCGCUAUUCUGCAGAAAUUUUACGAGCAGCUACAAGCGCCUUCGGUUCAACGUGAGACCGCGUUCUUGUUGGAGUUGGGACAGCAACUGCUUGACGUUGAGAUCAAGUCGAACCCUGAGGGAUUGUUCAAGCGAUGCAAAUUGCUACAAGGUCUUCUUGAAGUGACUGAUUACGACUCACUGCCGAGUGACUGCAUGGAAAUCGUUGAGGAGGUGAGUGCGUAUUUACUGGAGUUGACAGAGGAGAAGGGCAACGAAACCGAGCAUAAAGAUGAAGACGCCGACGAGAAGAAGACCCGGGAGAAAUUCUUGCUUGUCAUCACCAAUUUCCUGGCCGUAUUGGUGUCAUCCAGUACCUUCCACUCGACGCUAGUGCAUCAGGAUGCGAUCGAGAAGCUGGCGUUUGUGCUCAACGAGCAGAAGAAGGCGACAGAGUCGUCCGCGCUGGUGGUUGAUAAGACGCGUCGUCUACUGAAGCAGCUGUGCGUACACGAAGUUCCUCGACUUGUUGCAUGUAAUGGCGUCGAGAUUCUACUAGAAACUGUGAUGAAACAUGACGAGGAUAGUGAAGAAGGCUCAGAACGCGUGGCUGAGAUGCUGGAGACCUUCAAUUCUGUCGUGGAGUGUGGCUCAGCUGGUAAAUCUGCUCUGAUGGACACUGAAGGCUUCCUAUCAAGCUUAUCGAGAGGCUUUAAGACGGUCUGUGGUGACCUAAGUGAGGAUCAAGAAGUUUUGACUGCAAAGCUUCUUGGAACUGAUUUCGACGGCCGAAGCACCAACAUGGAGGUGGCGUGUGGGCUCUGUCUGUUAGUGUUUCUACUCGCCCGUGGCGGUGCGUACCGUGAGCGAGUGUUUAAGGACACUGAGCUUAUGCAGCAUAUUGUGACGAUGAUGGCGUGGUUCCCGUCCAUCUUUUCCACUAGCGACAAGGUCGUGACGCCGGAGCUUAAGGCGAAGUUCGGUUUAAUAUUCGCGUCUGGACUUCCCUUCUUGGAAGCUGCGCUAGUGUCAGCAGAAGGAUCAAUGCUGGACUCUGACGACAAGGAGCUGUUCUUCAGGAAAACUAUGAGCGUGUACACGAAGACGCUGACGACAUUUGCAAAUGGCCACGAAUCUUCGGAUCUCUUUCUUGCUUCAUGUGAAGGACUGAAGAGCUUGUUCCACAGCGACAGUGCCGUGUCUGUACUGGCUGAUGACGGUCAGAAGGAGCUCGAAAUUCUGCUGAAAGAACAGGUUUUCCGGUCUCUGAAGGCAACAAUCUAUUCGAUGGGGUGUGUCGUGGCGUUGUUGGAGAUUGCAGUUGCUGUGGUUCCUGCUCGACCUGUGACGCCAGACGAGGAGAAGGAACCAGCACGUAGCUCGUGGCUUGUCGCUGGAGUGCUCCACGCACUCUUUAACUUCGAAGCCUUCGGAGACGACCUGGAUGUGUCCGUGUUGUUCACUUUACUACGACGAUUCUGCUCAUCUGCAAUGAUCCGCAACUCGUUGUACGAACACGUUGACUAUGAUAGACUCGUGGAGAUUUUGGUGGCUUUCGCGCAAGAUUCCAAGUGGCGACGAUGGCGCAAAUACGCACUGAGCGUGUUGCUGUUACUGGGAGAAGAUGGUGCGCUGGAACAAGUGAGUCAUGACAGAGGAACGAUGCCCAUGUUGCAAGCAUCCACGACCAGUUCGUUCCGUGACCGGGACAGUGAACAAUCCACGUGUGCGACGCGUUGUUUCCACUGCCGUCAAGUGGUGCAUGCUCCUGUUCAAGUCAAUCUAUGCGUCAUGCCGUGUCCUUACUGCCAGAAGUCGAUCGCCGUCGCGUCCGAUAACGCUUCGACAGCAGUCGACACGCUUCCGUCCGUCGUGGAGCACAACGGCAGCAUCACUCUGGAUAACGGAGCACAGUCCAAGAUCUCCUCGGACGGGUCUGACUUUGUUUGUGUCAACUGUAGCAAUGUGCUCGAACUUCCCGAUGGCCUCGGUCCUUCGGAGAUCGUGUGUCCUCACUGUCUCCAGCUCGCCUCUGUGAAGAAGACAAGCCAGUCGGUGAUGCCAGCGUUCAGCAGCGAGAAGAAAAGAUCGUCCGCGUCGUCCGUGCGCUCAGUAGAAUCAGGAGCGAGUUUGCCCAAGGACCCGUCCAUGUCGGGCAUCGAUGUGCGGGACACCAAGGUGGUGAGCUGUGGUCACUGCGGCAAGCACCUGAUCGUGAAGAACGGCGCGUCUGCAGUCAAGUGUCCGUCGUGUCACGGAGUCUCUAAGCUGUCCACGACGACGACCCAAGAAAUGAUGCGAUGCAAGAAUUGCAACACGCUGCUGAGCCUGCCCGCCGGGGCCAGAGCGUACAAGUGUAUGAAGUGCCUGCAGACGACGCGACUAUCCUAG